UCUCCUCUUGCCUCUGGGUGAUUUGCGGGGAUGCUUCUGUGAAUCCGAGACCGGAAAGGUUGGAGAGGAAUGUGAGCAAAGAGGCUGUGCUGUUAGUUUCAAAGCAUAUAUGCUAUCUGCUGCUCUGAUUUCUCUUCAUCUUCUGGCCUGAGAGGAAAGUCAGAAGGUGGAAGACAUGGCAGUUUCUCAGGACUCAAUAACCUGGGAAAAUGUAACUGUGACCUUCACCCAGGAGGAGUGGGUAUUACUAAACCCUUCGGAAAAGGAACUCUACAGAGAUGUUAUAUUAGAAACCUUUAGGAACCUAGUCGCAAUAGGAAAACUACUGGAUCAUUCAACCAAAGAGCAGUGUGACCCCCAAGGGAAGAAACAGAGCUAUAUAGUAAACAGAAUACCUGAAGGUGAAGAAGGACAUGAAUAUGGAGGAAAUUUUCAUGAAUGUGGAGAACAGAACAAACUCUUCUCUUUUGUCAGUCACCUUCAGAGCCCCGAAACAACUCAGAGUGGAGAGAAACCUUGUGAUUAUAAAAUCCAUAACAAAGUACUUAGUCAGUCCAGUUAUCCUCCGACACUUGAAACGACUCCUAGUGGAGAGAGAUCCUAUGAAUCUGAAUUGCAUGGUAAAGCUUUCAGUCAUUCCAGUGCUCUUCUGAGACAGGAAAGAACUCCAAAUGGAAAGAAACCCUAUGAAUGUAAACAGUGUAGGAAAGCAUUCAGCUACCCAAGUCAGCUUCUCAGUCAUCAAAGAACACACAGUGGGGAAAAACCCUAUGAAUGUAAACUAUGUGCCAAGGUAUUCACUACAUCUCGUUAUCUUCAUAAACACGAGAAAACACACAGCGGAGAGAAACCCUAUUUAUGUAAGCAGUGCAACAAGGGAUUUAGUACAUCUGGUUAUCUUCAUAAACAUGAGAGAACGCACAGUGGGCAGAAACCCUAUGAGUGUAAACAGUGUGGGAAAGCCUUCAGCUAUCCCAGUCAUCUUCUCAUUCAUGAAAAAACACACGGUGGAGAGAAAACCUAUGCAUGUGAACACUGUGGAAAGGCCUUCAGUACAUCCAGUUACCUUCAUAAACACGAAAGAACACACAGUGGAGAGAAACUCUAUAAGUGUCAACUAUGCUGCAAACAAUUCAGACAGUCCAGUGAUCUUCACAAACAUGAAAGAACACACAGUGGAGAGAAACCCUAUGAGUGUGAUCAGUGCAGUAAGGCUUUUAGUCAAUCUGGUUCUCUUCAUAAUCAUAAAAGAACACACAGUGGAGAGCGACCCUAUGAAUGUCCACAGUGUAGUAAAACAUUCAUUUAUUUCAGCUCUCUUCAGAAACAUAAAAGAACACACAGUGGAGAGAAACCCUAUGAAUGUAAACAAUGUAGGAAAGCCUUCAGUUGUUCCAGUCACCUACUCAUUCAUGAAAGAACGCACAGUGGAGAAAAACCCUAUGCAUGUAAACAAUGCAAUAAGGCAUUCAGUCAAUCUAUUUCUCUUCAGAGACAUGAAAGAAUUCACAGUGGAGAGAAACCCUAUGAAUGUAAACAGUGCAGUAAAACAUUCAGCCAACCCGGUUCUCUUCAGAGUCAUAAGAGAACUCACAGUGGAGAGAAACCCUACCAGUGUAAACAAUGCAGGAAGACAUUCGGCUAUUCCAGUUCUCUUCGGGAACAUGAAAGAACUCACUGUAGAGAGAAUCCUGAAUGUAAACAAUAUACGAAAACAUUCAACUCUUCCAGUUCUUUUUGGGAUCAUGAAAAAACUCAGUAGAGAGAAGCCCUAUGAAUAUAAACAACGUAGUAAGUUCAGUCAGUCUAGUAACUUGGAUAAGCAAGAAAGAAUUUGCAGUGAUGCUUCCUAUCUUCUGAAACAUGAGCAGAUACACAGUGGAGAGAAUUUGCUUCAAACACAUGAAAUAACUCACAGUAAAGAGAAACUUUAGGGUGAGGGAGUUAGCAUAGCAGUUAUGCAAACUGACUCUCCUGCCUGUGUCUCCCAAGUACUAGGUUCAAUCCCCCACACCACCAUAAACCAGAGCUGAGCAGUGCUCUAGCCAAAAACAAAACAAAACAAAACAAAACAAAAACUAUGAACAUGAGCAUGAGUCAGCCAUCAGCUAUUCCAGUACUCUUUGAAGACAGAACACACAAUAGACAGAAACCUCAUGAAUAUAAACAAUAUAGAAAAAUGUUUUGUGCAGCCAGUCAUCUUUGCAAACACCUGGUCCACAAUAAAGGGAAGUCCUGUAAAUUUAAACAACAUGCUGAAGACUGCAGUCGUUCCAGUUGUCUUCAAAUACAUAGAACAACCUGCAACUGAGAGAAACCCUGUGUGUCAUAUGUUUGUCUUUUGUUUGUCUCAGUCACCUUUGAAGAUGUGGAAUAUCUCACAGUCAAAAGAAAAGGUUCAGCUAUUACUCUGUCUUACCAUCGCAUGAAACUUCUCUCAUGUAUUGUAUUACAGUGUUGUAACCAGCAUCAGCAGUCAUUUGUCUUAGUUAUCUGAAAACACAUAAAAUAAAAAAAAAGGAAAGACAAAA